CAGACCCAGACCCAAUAGUGCUGCUUGUUGUCUGUGACUGUUGCAGACUCUUUCGGUUUCGUGAAUCCCAUCGGAGCCCGCAAGCACAACACAAGCAAAGAAAAGGGCGCUAACAACACACACUCACAUCGAUUGAAGCGGAGAGAUCUCAAUUCUCAGUCUCAGGUUAAGAUGAUUUUCAUUAUCUAUUGUAGUGAAACGCAACCCAUUCAUGGGCUGUUUCAACUCAACGGCAAGCAGACAAUUACCCGGCCACGAGGACCCUGUAACUCUUGCAUCACGCACCGCAUUCAGCGUUAGUGAGGUUGAAGCACUAUUUGAGCUUUUCAAGAGCAUCAGCAGUUCUGUCGUUGAUGAUGGAUUGAUAAGCAAGGAAGAAUUUCAAUUGGCACUUUUCAAGAAUAGAAAAAAGGAGAACCUUUUUGCCAAUCGGAUCUUUGAUUUGUUUGAUGUUAAGAAGAAGGGGUUCAUUGAUUUUGGUGACUUUGUUAGAUCCCUCGAUGUCUUCCACCCAAAUGCUCCACAAGAAGACAAGAUAGAUUUUUCAUUUAGGCUCUAUGACUUGGACAGUACAGGCUUUAUAGAACGGGAAGAGGUGAAGCAAAUGUUAAUUGCACUUCUUUGUGAGUCUGAAAUGAAAUUGGCGGAUGAGACAAUAGAAAAAAUACUUGAUAAGACUUUCGUGGAUGCUGAUCUGAAUCAAGAUGGGAAAAUAGACAGGCUCGAAUGGCAAAACUUCGUUUCUAAAAAUCCAUCAUUGUUGAAAAUCAUGACCCUUUCUUAUCUGAGGGACAUAACAACAACUUUUCCAAGUUUUGUAUUUAACUCCGAGGUCGAUGAAAUUGUUACAUGAAUGCAUACAGCUUUAAGUUGUGCAAGUAGUUGGAAAAUCUGGCAUAUAACGUAUUUUUUGUACAACAGUACAAGGAGGGUAAAGUGUUUGGUGGCUCUUUCUCAAAUUUCAUAUGAUGCUUUGAUUAUUUAUUGUUCUCCUGUGACAUGCCUCAGAAGGCAAAAUUUAAGGUGCACAAAGUUGUUUAAAA